AUGUCCAGUACCACCACCUCGCCGCCGCCGCCGCCGCCGUCCGCCGGGGACCAUCCCCGCGUUCUCCUCCGAGGUUUCCUCUCCCGCGAGACAUGCAAGGAGCUGGAGUUCGUGCACCGGAGCUCCGGCGCCGCGGGGUACCGCCCCUCGGUGGUGUCGACGUCUCUGCCGCACUUGGCGACCACCGGCUGCGGCCACCUCCUGCUCCCGUUCGUGCCCGUCCGCGAGCGCCUCCGCGACGCCGUGGAGUCCUUCUUCGACUGCCACUUCGAUCUCUUCAUCGAGUUCACCGGGAUUAUCAGUUGGUGCAAGGGAGCUUCUAUUGGAUGGCACAGUGAUGACAAUAAGCCUUAUCUUAGGCAAAGGGCAUUCACAGCAGUUUGUUACUUGAACAAUCAUGGAGAGGACUAUAAGGGUGGAAUUCUGCAGUUUCAGGAUGGUGAUCCUUCCUCUAUUGUUCCAGUUGCUGGUGAUGUUGUCAUAUACACAGCUGAUAAUCGUAAUGUCCAUUGUGUAAAUGAGGUAACUGAAGGGGAAAGGCUCACCCUGACUCUUUGGUUCACUAGAGACCGUGCUUAUGAUGAGGAUCCGAAACUUCUUAAUUUUCUCUCUCAGACAUCUGAACGAACUGAGAAAAACUCUUAUAUUCCUGUGCCAGCUUCUGAUAACAUGUAUUGGUUUUCCUAUGAUCAGUCUGGUUUUGACAUACGAUGUGCUAGAGUGCAUGUUCGUGGGUUUAGUUUUCACUCAAGCAGUGGUGAAUACAAUAUAUCUGUGUUACCAGCUGAAGAUGACCCAAUAGAGUUGCUUGGAAAGGAACUGUGGCUCGGGAGGGGAGAUUAUGUCUUUGAGAAAAUAUUUUCUAACAGCUUGCAUGCUCUUCAGGUGGUGCAAUUCUACUACUGGAAAAAACAUGAGUUGGCAACAAGGAGGGAGCAAAGUGCUGUUGGUUCAGGAACAGUCUGCUUUCCAAUUAUACAUCAUUCAAAAGGAACAGAACUACCAUUGCCAUGCAACCACUCACUUGCACAAACUAUAUUUGGCUCAUAUAAUACUGAGGAGAUUUUCCAGUGGAAUGAUUUUGCAUUAGCUGUUGCUAUGUGGGAAAAAUAUUCAGAAGAGUUAAAGAAACAGCUGUUGACAUUUUUGCCAUACUGGCUGUCCAAUGAAACCAUUUAUGUUGUUGAUACCUCAGCUCCAGAUAAUUUCAAUUGGUAUGAUCAAAAAUCUUUUACAGCACCCAGUGUUUCAAAAAGCGAUAGGCGCCAUGUAGGUGGUUGGGCUCUGCCUAGAGACUAG